AUGGAGAAACCUAAAGAGUUCUAUGGCCCUCCAUGGAAAUUAAAUAUAAAGAGGCUCGCUAAUUAUCUUGAAAGUGUGGGCGGCAUGACCAAAUCUCAGUUCGAGGGAAUGAAGAAACUCAUACAAGACGUUCAGCGGUGGGGGCUAUCCAUUGGAAAGCUUCACGAAGACCAGCCAAAACACCUGUGGAACUCAUUAAUUGCCAACCUUCUCGAUAAGUACGAAGUAUUGGACAAAUUUCAUGACUUUUGGCCUGUGCAGGUGUACUGGGAUGCAUAUUCCUAUCGGACAUUCUCAUACCGCAGUCAUAAAAAGAGUCCCACAGCAACACGGCAACGUAGUAGGCUUACACACUUCAAUGACGGUUUGUCUCCGGGUCAUGAGGUGAGACGAUUGAGGGCUACUUCUUUGGAUGAAGCACGGAAGACGAAAUACAUCGGUCAACCACCCCCAGGAUUCCGCAAGGUUGGUGGGGAACCUUCCUCUUCUCGCAGGGCAUUCCGAGAUGUUCAGAAUUUUGUCCCCGUUCGGUCGCCUUCUGUGCAAAUACUUGAACCUAUCGCUGGUGGCUCAUCGCCCUCAAAUCCGAUAGAUCUCCGUACUCCAAGUCCUUUCGUUCAAAGAUCUGUACCGUUAUCUGCCCCACCCGCUUUUGGUCUCUAUCGCAGUCUACCUCUAUCCCCUACUGGACCCACUUUGACUCCCAAUAAUGCGUAUACAUUCACGAGUCCUUCACCAUCAAGGAUUAGCAUUUGGUCUUCUACUAGCUCUCCAGCACGCACGCCUCCGUUCUCCAACGCAACUACGCUGCAAGGAUGCAACACUCCUGAGCCUACAACCCGCAUUGCCCAACGAAUCUGGCCUGAAGCCUGCCUCUCAUGCGGCGCCCUACCUAUACUUGAAAGAGCCGAUACUUCUGAGCUCCCUGUGUUUCUCAACUUAGACCGGAACGACGACCUGCUCGGUAUCCUCAGUGCGAACGGAAUCUUCACAAACCACCAUCUCCACCUGGUGAUGCAGAUGACUCCAGAGCAACGGACUGAUUUCUUCAACACCACAUCUAUCAGCGCAUUCCGAGCACUGGGUUUGCGAGAGGACAUCGAAAAGUAUGCCAAAAGACUGGGAUUCAGGAGGAAGGAGUACAAGUUCUCUUUUCCGCUGCCUGGACAGAUUGUCCCUCGGCCAAAUGAGGAUACCCUAAACGAGCUUUCCAAGCCCAUAACAAAGCAUGAGAAAUUCGGAGAGGCGAUGAACAUAUCUAUGGACUUGUAUUGGGAUGUAACGAAUGUCCUGCUGACAAAAUUCAAGACCAUCGUCGAACCUUUUCCCCAGACCCUGUUCCUGGAUGAGGUCAAGACCCAACAUGCUCACAAGUGGGAUGAAUUUCAGCGAGUUGUCUGUAAUGAAAGUCCUGUAUUGUUAAAUUACGAAGAUUACUGGCCCAUCGAAGUCUAUAUACGACGGCACCUCGCACAGACUCCUACACCUCCGCAGACACAAUCGUCUUGGUCGCCAUCCUUAUUCCAAACAAAGAUGGCCAAAGUUUUCCAAUGCCCGGUACACCUGGUACCCGCUCUGGAUAGUUAUCCUAUGUCAAUCAUGCUCCGUGUGCAUUUCAAGACAUUGGGCAUUGAAGAACUCAUCCCGGCAGCCGUUCUUCUUGGGAUCAGGAGCGACGAGGACUUUUUGAAAAUGGUGAAGAUGGACGAUUUGCAAGUUCAAAUGAUUAUCGAGCACGACAAGUCUGUUAAGUUGACACCUUUGCACAAAUAUCUUUUGAAGCUGGCUUUCAAGAAACCGGCGACGAUAGACUAGACAAGUAUUUUUGUCAUCUUGUUGGGCUGAAUUACGAAGGGUAUUCAUUACUACGAGGGAGAAUUAAAUAGUGAAGGAACAAAUACAAACCAUGCCUAUGUAUAUACUAGUCCAUUCAUCGCCGUAUCCAAGUUGAUUAAAAGAUAACAUCGCUGUCUUUGCUACUCA